AUGGAAAAUCGAAAAAGUGCCAUAAUCGACGCGUUGCUGCUGAAAGCAGAGACGUUAGCCGAUGCACACUUAGCAAUAAGCACCCAGGAUAUCCCGAAGUCAUUUCGGUAUGGUUUGAAUGUCGAUGUGACAGAAAAACCCAUGAAAACUGCUGCUGCUACUGUUGCUGCUGCUUUGGGCAACGAAGGAGAACUUACUAAAAAAUCAUCCAUGAGCGAUUUUCAGGUAAUCGAAAGUUUGAAGAAAAAGGAUGCGGAUGAAUUCAGUGCC